AUGUUGUCGGGGUUUUCUAAAAUUCUAGCGAGCACCGCCGCUUCGAUAGAGAAAACCGUCCAGAGCACGGUUCAGGAGGUGACAGGGCCCAAGGCGUUGGCCGACUAUGACCUCGGCGAGCAGAUCGCGUCGGGCGGGCCGGGCAUGCUGUGGAAGCUGUACCGCGCGACGCCCAAGAGCAAGGCGCAGCAGACGGUGACGUCGGAGGUGUGCGUGUGGUUCCUCGACAAGAAGGAGCUCUCCGAGGAGCGCUCGCACCGCGGCAUGAGCAAGGCGGCGGAGGACCGGCUGCUGGAGAUCUUCCGCGCGGACGCGAAGGUGCUGCAGAAGCUGCGGCACCCGGGCAUCGUGCGCGUGGUGGAGGCGCUGGACGAGAGCAAGUGGGCCAUGGCCAUGGUCACCGAACCCGUCUUCUCGUCCCUUGGGAACGCCCUCGGCAACCUCGAGAACCUCGCCACCAUCCCCCAUGAGCUCGAAAAACUGGAGCUGGGGCAGCUGGAGAUCAAGCACGGGCUGAUGCAGCUGGCGGAGACGCUCAGCUUCAUCCACCGCAAUGCCAACAUCAUCCACCGCGGCAUCAACCCCGAGACGGUGUUCAUAACGAAGAAUGGCGGGUGGAAGCUGGCCGGGUUUGGCUUCUCCGUGCCCGCUGACCAACAGCCCGACCCCGAUGAACCUGCCUUCCUCUACCCUGACUUUGACGUGGACGACCAGGUGUUACCACUGCAGCCCCUACUGGACUACGUGGCACCGGAGCUCACACGGCGCCCCACCAUCAACCGCUCCUCCGCGGCCGCCUCCAGGGACGCGCUGGCCAGUGUGGACGUCUUCUCCCUCGCGCUGCUGGCCUUCCAGCUCAUUGCGCGCCGCCGCCUCAUACACGCCAACAACAACCUGCGCACCUACAACAACCGGGUGGCGGGGCUGAGGACGGAGUCACUGGCGGGCAUACCCAUGGAGCUAGAGACAGACCUGCGCCGCAUGCUCGCCCCUGAACCCGCCGCCCGCCCCACCGCCUCUGAGUUCGCCGCGUCGCCGUUCUUCACAGAGGACAUGCGUCUGCGAGCCCUCAGAUUCCUCGACCAAAUGAUUGGUCGGGACAACAAUGCGCGGGUGGAGUUCCUAAAGUCGCUGCACAGCAUCUGGGCGGGGUUUGACAGCCGAGUGCUGCGCUUCAAGGUGCUGCCCGCGCUGCUGGAGGAGCUCAAGAACCCCGCCACGCAGCUGCUCGCGCUGCCCUGGGUGCUCGAGGUGGCGGAGGCACAGGACGCUCAGGACUUUGAGCUGCGCACACAGACGCUGCUGUUACCUGCGAUGGAGCAUGCCGGUGGCGAUGUGCUUCUGCUCUUCAUCAAGCAUCUCCCUGCUAUCGUCUCCAAGGUGUCACCAGCCAUCCUGAUGUCCCACGUGCUGCCCAUGAUAGUGCGCGCCUACGAGGACGCGGACCCGCGCCUGCAGGAGGAGACGCUGCGGCGCUCAGCGGUGCUGGUGUCCUCACUGGACUUUGAGAUCGUGCGCUCCGUCAUCAUGCCGCGCGUGCACAUGCUCGCCCUCCGCACCUCCGUCGCUGCCGUGCGGGUGCAGGCGCUGAUCUGUCUGGGCGACCUGAUCCCCAACCUGGACAAGGCAGCCGUGAUGGACAUUCUGCAGACGUGCGUGCGCUGCGCUGCUGUCGACCGCUCGCCCCCCACGCUCAUGUGCAUCGUCGGCAUUGCUGACAUCAUCCAGAGGCAGUACGGAAUGGAGUUUGCAGCGGAGCACAUACUGCCGCUGCUGUGCCCCAUGCUCGUGGUGCAGCAGCUCACAGGCCCGCAGUUCGCGCGCUUCCUCAAGCUCAUCAUGGACGUACUCACCAAGAUACAGGACAAGAGGGGCGUGUCAUUGAGUGAGGCGGACUCCAUAUCGCUCGACCUCGCAUCCAUGGGCAUCUCCACGCCCUCCGACGCCACCGUCGCCUUCGACGACAGCGCCAAGCCGCCAGCAUGGGACGCGCAACCAGACUGGGCCAAAGCACCCGCCUCCUCCUCUGCCGGCCCCUCCGCCGCCCCCUCCUCCUUCUCAGACCCCUUCGCCUCCGCCCCUCCCAUCUCGUCCACCCCGGCUUCCUCCGCCUCGUCUGCCUUUGGCACGUCAGACCCCUUCGCCUCCUCCUCUCUCUCCGCUGCCCCGUCCCCCAGCCUUCCUUCCCUCUCUGCCAAGCCUGCACGCGGCAUAGGGGGCAUUGGCGGGGGUGGGUUGGGGGGGAUGGGUGGAGGCGGUAUCGGGGGCGGCAGCAGCAUAGGCGGUGGGGGUAUGGGGGGUCUCAGUAGCAGCUUGGGAGGGGGGUUAGGGGGGGCACCUAUGGGAGGGUCACUAGGAGGGGGGUUGGGAGGAAGCACGGGGCUCAGUGGAGGACUGGGAGGAGGCCUGGGUGGGGGGCUAGGAGGAGGCAUGGGUGGGGGCCUGGGAGGGAGCACAGCAGCAGGGGGAGGGGGUCUAGGAACAGGAGGGGGAUUUGGCGCCUUUCCUGGUGCUCCCAUGGGUGGUAUGGCUCCCAUGGGUGGCAUGCCUGCAAUGGCUGCUGCUCCCCCUGCUGGCGGCGCUGUGUAUGGCGCCAUGCGGUUUGCCCCCCCACCAUCGCAUGGGUUCCCUGCCCCGCCUGCCGCUGCUGCCAUGGGUGCUGGCCUCACACCGCCCCAGCGCCCUGCUGCUCCCCCGCAAUCCGGAGGCGCUAUGCUCGACCUCGUGUGA